CCCCGGCCCCUGCGUGAGGGCGGCUGGGCGGGGCCGCGGGCAGGGCCGUGGGGGGGGUGUUCUUUUGCCCUUUCCGGUUGGGCGGUGAUUGGUAACUGCGGAGCCGGGUGCGGGGCGGAGCGCGCGGGGACCGGGCGGGCACCUCGGGCUGGUGCGCGCGGAGGCGGCCCCAGGCUCUCUGCGCCCUCCCCGCGGUCCCUCCCCGCCCGGCGGGGCCGGCGGCCACCUGCGCCCCGCCCCUGCGGCCGCGCCCGAGCCGGGAACUGGGAGCCGCUCCCCUGGCGAGAGGGCUCCUCCGCGUCCGGGAGCGCCGGAGUUGUCGCGGCGCGGGGCUGGUCUCCGUGGACGAGGUCCCCGCGCUCUGGGAUGCGACCGCGCUGAGAAGUGCCCGCCGCGGACGCUCGGAGCCGGCCACGCAGAGGGUCCUCUGGCUGUGCGAGGACUUGGUCGGUAGCCGGACAGGAUGACCAACCCGGCGGCCGCGCAGAACAAGGAAAUAGACUGUCUGAGUCCGGAGGCUCAGAGAGUGGCGGAGGCCCGGCUUGCGGCGAAGCGCGCGGCCCGAGCAGAGGCACGUGAGAUCCGCAUGAAGGAGCUGGAGCGGCAGCAGAAGGAGAUCUAUCAGGUCCAAAAGAAAUAUUAUGGGCUGGAUACAAAGUGGGGUGACAUCGAGCAAUGGAUGGAAGACAGUGAGCGCUACUCUCGUAGAUCCAGAAGAAACACCUCGGCUUCUGAUGAAGAUGAGCGCUUGUCAGUGGGUAGCCGCGGAAGUCUGAGGUCCCAGCCUGACUUGGAGUAUGGGGGUCCCUACACCUGGACGAAUGGUUAUGAUGGAGAACCGCAUGGAUCCCAGUCCCUGAAUAGAAGAUCUAGCAGGAAUUCCAGCUACAGCGGUGACGGCAGAUUCUCUACUUUGUCAUCGUCCAGGGACGAGAAACUGCCCUGGCACCUGUACAACGGCGCGCGGCCUGCGGGGAGCCACCGGGUGUCUGUGUUUGAUGACAGCAGCCUUGGCGGGGCGCGACGGAGCAGCACCUGUGGGUCCCGAGCUGUAAGACGUGUCCUGUGUCUCCCGCAUACCCCGCUGCCUGCCGCAUGGCCCUGGGAAUGCUCACCAGGCAGGGGCCAGGUGUGGGAGCCCUCGGAGUGCAGCGGCCACCUCAACUCCAGCUCCCGUGCCUCCUCCAGGGCCAGCUCUGCGCGGGCCAGCCCCGUGGUUGAAGAGAGACCAGACAAAGAUUUUACGGAGAAGGGGUCUCGUAACAUGCCAGGCCUGUCUGCAGCCACGCUGGCCUCCCUGGGGGGGACCUCCUCUCGGAGGGGCAGUGGGGACACGUCCAUCUCCAUCGACACCGAGGCCUCCAUGAGAGAAAUCAAGGAACUCAGUGAGUUAAAGGACCAGAUUCAGGAUGUGGAAGGCAGAUACAUGCAGGGAUUGAAAGAGAUGAAGGACUCCCUAGCAGAAGUUGAGGAGAAAUACAAGAAGGCCAUGGUUUCCAAUGCUCAGCUAGACAAUGAGAAGACAAACUUCAUGUACCAGGUCGAUACCCUCAAAGAUAUGUUGCUGGAACUUGAAGAACAAUUGGCUGAAUCUAGGAGACAGUACGAAGAAAAAAACAAAGAAUUUGAGAGGGAAAAACAUGCCCACAGCAUCCUGCAGUUUCAAUUUGCCGAAGUGAAAGAGGCCCUGAAGCAGAGAGGAGAAAUGCUUGAGGAAAUCCGACAGCUACAGCAGAAACAGGCGAGUUAUAUCAGGGAGAUUUCUGACCUUCAGGAAACAAUAGAAUGGAAAGACAAAAAGAUAGGGGCAUUAGAGAGGCAGAAAGAGUUCUUUGAUUCCAUAAGGAGCGAACGAGACGAUCUUAGAGAAGAAGUAGUCAUGCUGAAAGAGGAAUUCAAGAAACAUGGAAUCAUCCUAAAUUCAGAAAUAGCUACCAAUGGAGAGACCUCAGACACUCUAAAUAACGUUGACUACCCUGGUCCUACCAAGAUGACAAAAGAGGAGUUAAAUGCCCUCACGUCGACAGGGGAGGGGACACUAGGAAGAGCCCAUGAAGUGGAGGUGAAAAAUGACAUUGUGGACAAUGUGGGGAAAAGAACAAUCUUGCAGAAUUCUGAGAAAGAACAGCCCAAAGAGGACACAAUAAAGGAUUGUGUGGACACAGUGGCGUCACACCCUGGUGACAGUGCUGAGAACCAGAAAGUCUCUGAGGAAGACAAAGCCCCGUCCCUAGGACAGUUAGCAGGUGCUAGAGAUGAGGAGCAGGUUCACAGCCAAAUUCUAGAGAACAUGUCUUGCCUUGAAAAUACAGGGCAGGUUCAAUCCAAUGAGGUCAUUAGUGUGGCAGGUGAUAGGCCUGGAGCUUCCCUUAGCAGCUGUUUGCGUGAGUUAGAUAGCGAAGGCCCAGGCUCUGGGAGUGAGCAGGACAGUUGCCAUGCCUUGGAUAUCAACAGCCAAAGUAAAGAAUCUGUAGAAAAGCAGGAAAAAGAAAAGCAAGAGGAUUUUAGAACCACUUUGGAAGAGGUUAGCUCAAAACCAUGUCAGGAAUCUGUUCCUUCGCAAAUACCUGACAUCAAAAGGGUGAGCAGCAUAGACACUGGCGGGCAAAGCAGGAGCCACACUGAGAAGGUGGAAGAGGGAGGGGAAGCUCAUAUUGGGGAGCAGGUGGGCACAGUGGCCUCACAUCCCCCCGAAUACAAUGAUGACACAGUGUGUCAAGAUGAAGAGUGCGCAGUAGCUGCCCCUCCAAAGUUGGGUCCAAGCAUAGGACAUAGUUUAGAGACAGAAGUCACCAACCAGAAAGUAGCUGAGCCCAGAGGUUCCCCAGUUCAGAGUACAGAGGUAGACAGGGAGAACCAUGAAGAACCAGGGUUAAGGGAAGAGAAACCAGCUGAGACACACGUCCAAACCAUUCCUGGUUCUCCAGCAGCCAAGAGUGGUCACCAAGAAGCAGCAGGUCCAAGUGUGGCAGGUACUGACAGUGAACCCCUAGAGACGAAAGAGCCCAGUGAAGAGAAGAGGGACCCGCAAGGAGAGGCACUGGAGUCAUCACAGAAGAAGGCAAAGAACAAGAAGAAGAAAAACAAGAAGAAAAAACCACCAGCACCUGUAGAAACCCUUAAAGCUGUUAAGAAAGAGUUAAUGUAUCAGGACGCAGAUUUAAGUGAAGUUAAGGAAGAAGAACAGGUUAAAUUUACUACCAAAACGUCAGUGGUGGAAGCUCAAGAUGAGGUGGCUAAAAAUCCCAAACAGAAAGUUGUAGCAGAAAGUGGUGAAAAUGUUGAUUGUCCAGAAGACCCUGAUUUGGAUGGAAACUGUAACCAAGAGGUUGGAAAAACAGAAGCAGAGAAAGUAAGAGCUGAUGGAGACACAUUGAAUUUUGAAGAUGAUACAAUUCAAUUGUCAGGCACUAGUAUGAAUGAUAAAGAAUUAGAGGAAGAUGUUAUAAAAAGUGAUGCUAAAAAAGGUGGCGCCACUCAGAGCAGCCCUCCAGAGCCAGAGGAGGAAGCAGUAAAUGGUAGCAGCCCGCGGGGAAGUCCCACCAGGGAAAUUAACGAUGUCCUUCAAACAGAAAGUGUCGAGGGGCACAUCAUGCCAGAACAGCCAAGUCAGACAGUCAAGAAAGCUUUAGAUAGCGUUAGUCUAGAAAGCGAGGACCUCUCAGCACCAGCAGGAGAGUCGGGGGACUUGGAUUCAGAAAGCAGAGAAGAUACAGAAAGAGAAAAUGAAAAGGGCAAAAGCAAAGAAGAUUGCACCAUGUCCUAACGGGGGGGCAGACGGGCCGCAGGAGGAGGUGUGACACAGACAGGAGCUUUACAGGGGGCCAAGAACUUUGCACAGUAAGUCUGAUCACAAGAGACUCUUUUGUCACCACUGCCGAUGUGAGUAAAAUGUUCCAAGUUGAUUUAGAUGCACUAUGUGACAAUCAUCAGGUCACCUGCCUGUGCCACUGUAAGGUACAGACUGUUACUCGUAGAUUUAUAUUUAAUCAUUGAAGUUGUCACCCAGAUUAGAAAGUAAGACAUACUUGUUAUUAGUGUAAGUUCCAAUGACAACAUUCCGGUAGUGUCAAACAAUAAUGUAUACUGCUGAUGUUCUAGCUUAAACUAAAAUAAAAAUAUUUAGCAUUUGCCUUAGGUCUAUAUGAAUGUGGAUAUUCUUGACCAAACAUAUCAGCUUCUAGUCGAAAUGACCGAACAGCAUUCUUAGGUUUCUGCAUCAUGAGUAUAAUUGGUACUUAACGCCCCCUUCAUAUACACACUUCACUAGUGCUUUCAUAUUUGAUUUUAGGACAUGAGUAUGUUAUAACCUCUCUGGUAUUUAAAGGAGAUAAAACACCCAAAUAGCAAAUAGGUCAGAGAGUGAUGAGAUUGGCACCUUAAGACAAUGAUCAAUCAUUUUAGGGUUAACAAAUAUCAAUGCUUUUGGAUCUCAUUGUUAACGACCCCUGAAAUUGCUUUGUGGGAGAUUCUGACUUCAUGCUGAUGGCGUGUACCAAAUUCAUUGUAUACAAAGAUAUUUUAUGGAAGUGACAUUUGUUGAAAUUUCAUUUCCUACUGCAAUAUUUGAGCAGGGCAGUCACUCACAGAAAUGUUUUAGGACCUUCACUUCACUUCUCUUUCUGCAUGAAUGUCUAAUCAUUAUAGAAAAGAGCAACAGGAAAGGUUACUUCCAGUGCAAACUGCUAAUCAGACUGUAAGAAGAUAUUUUGAAAGAGUUGAAUCACUGUGGGUAUUAUGGUAUAAAUAUUUUCAUUUGUUGUUUCUCAUUUGUAUUAUUAUUGGAAAACUCUUGUUUUGAUCUGCCUGAACAAAAGAUAUAUUUUUUAUAUAAAUAAGCAUUUAAAAAAUAAUUGUAAAGGUAGAUUAAAGAUUGUGAAAUAUAAAAUUACAACGGAACAAACAUUAUUGAGUGUUGUUGACACUUUAUGAGAUUACGUGGAUUCCUAUUACUGUUACAAGAUGCAACUGAGUGCAAAAAAACCAAAACCUCAAUAAAAGUUGAGGCAAACUUAAGUGUUACCAUGUCAUGGAAAUAAAGGCAUUUUAUAAUU